AUGAAAGAGGCUCAUCGCGAGGCCAAGCAAAACGCCGAUGAUAUUGUUGAACUGCAAGGAGAACGUGACCAUGGUCAGGGUGGUAGUGAGGAAGGUACACUAAGACCAACCUUCACACCAAAAUCCACCAAGUUGCCCAAGGGAGCGAAGCUCUCAGACGGUAUCAAUCCAACCUUUAAGUCUUAG